UAGAAACACAAAACAGCUGGCUGCAGGCUGGCCCGGUAGCUAAUCGGAACAACAAACUAGCUAAAAACUUACAAAAGUAUAAACUAAACAACUACAGAAGUAAUAAGUGAUCAGAACGAGUAAAAAUUAAUCGAAAGACGUGUGUAAAAGUUAUUUUAUAAUUUCACAAUUUAUUGGUUCAACUAUAACAAGUACUAAAUAGAGAAUUUAAUGCAUCAGCAUUAAUUCCACCAGUUCCCCACAUUAUUUUUUUCGUUUUAUUAUGAAAAAUUUAUACUAAAUCAUGAUAGAACUUCCUCGUAUAACACGAGCUCUAAGAGCACACACAGAACUUGAUAAACCUCGAUGUCUGAAGCCGACAGAUACAAAUGCAGUCGUCAAUUUGCCAAAAAAAGAAAGGUACAAGUCUUACAUAGAUAUUUACAACUAUUUAAAACAAAAUAACCAAGAUUCAUUGUUAUCAAAUCUGAGUGAACUAAAGGAGGCAUGUAAACUACUAGCAGGGGGUGAAAGUGAUGAUUUAGCUGAAGAUGCUGCUGUUAUGACCCUGAGAAUGUUUAUGGAUCAUGACAUAGUGAUGCUUAAACAUCUCUCUCAACUUCGACAGACUUUCGGAAAUGUUCAAUCGUCUACUGUCAACACAAUCUGUCAGAUAGUUAUGUCAAUAUCAAAUGAAUUAAGUGAUAAAGAUAAAGAAUAUAUUAAAAAAGAAACAAGUGAAGAAACAGUCGAAUUAAAACUGUGGGGUGAUCAUAUACAAUGUAACAAUAUACCAUAUAAACCUAUCAAGAAGCCUCUUCCAAAGUUGACCAAGAAACGGGCAACAGAUAGUGUCUUUGUUAAUGAAUUUUCAAUGAAGUAUGAUAGUACUAUGGAUAAGAGAAAUGUAGUAAAGGUCCCUAAACCUCUACAGGAACCUAAGUUUGGAAAGGUGUGGUUAGAGAACAAAGUAAGAGAACUCUAUGAAAACUCAUCACAGAUGUCCAGCGCUGAUGUUUUACAAUCGAUAAUAACAUUCCUAAAUUCUCCUCGGUCUAAUGAUGAAAUGCAGAAUGAUCUGUUUGAGUUACUAGGCUUUGAUCAAUUUGAAUUUAUACAAGAAGUUCUUCAACACCGUCGGGACAUAACUGAUAGUCUAAGAGCACCUAUACAAGAGCCAACUAUUGAGGAAAUGGCUGCACUCCUUCCCGAAAACAAAAUGCCUCAGUACCUAUGUCAAGUGUCAGUUCGUUCGGAACAGGAGAAGUUGCUGGCAAAUCUAAUCAGAAAGAAAGAGAAAAAGAUGAAGAACAAGAAGACAGAUAAUGAAGAAGAUGAGCCGGAAAUUAAUGUUGCCCAGCUACGUGCUAGGAGAUUGGCAGAGCUCACAAAACCGGUGGUGCCGUUUUCUUCAUCAAAGAGCAACGUAGAUCCGAUAUUACAGAAAAUAUCGUAUUUCCAAACAAAAGUGCAAUACCCCAACGUGUAUGAUUCGUCUAUAAACGCUAAGAAUUCAGCAGGUUUCGUAUCUGGCAUGAAGCUAAUGCUUCCUGAGAACGCAAUACGGAAAGACACAAAAGAGUAUGAAGAAGUUAUUAUACCUAAAACGGAACAAUCUGCUUUGGAAGUUGGCAACGUUCGUGUUCCAAUAUCUGCUUUGGAUGCGAUCGGACAAAUGGCUUUUGAGAACAUACAGCAAUUGAACCGUAUACAAUCUGUCGUGUUCAACACGGCGUACAACACUAAUGAGAAUUUGCUGAUCUGCGCUCCCACGGGCGCGGGGAAGACAAACAUUGCGCUGUUGACUGUCGUACAUGAGAUCAAGCAGCAUAUUGAGAACGAUGUCAUCAUGAAGAAUAAGUUUAAGAUAAUCUACAUAGCGCCUAUGAAAGCGCUCGCGUCAGAAAUGACGGCCAGUUUUGGCAAGCGGCUGCAGUCACUCGGGGUCUCGGUACGGGAGCUGACAGGAGAUAUGAAGCUCACCAAGACGGAGGUGCAGCAAACGCAGAUGAUAGUCACCACACCGGAGAAGUGGGAUGUCGUUACCAGGAAAGGAGCCACGGACACAGAGCUAGCGUCUAUUGUCAAACUGCUGAUCAUCGACGAGGUUCACUUGUUGCACGGUGAUCGGGGUCCGAUAGUAGAGGCAAUCGUAGCGAGGACCCUGCGGCAAGUGGAGUCCACACAGAACAUGAUUCGGAUCGUUGGACUUUCGGCAACACUGCCGAACUAUGUCGACGUUGCUAGAUUCCUUCGAGUGAAUCCAAACAUCGGUCUAUUCUACUUCGACUCUCGCUUCCGACCGGUGCCACUUGAGCAGCAGUUCAUUGGAGUCAAGGAUGUCGGUGGUGGAGGGAUGGCAUACUUACGACAGAUGCAACAAAUGAACGAGAUCUGCUACGAUAAAGCGUCAGACAUGGUGCAGAAAGGUCACCAGGUGAUGGUGUUUGUACACGCACGGAACGCUACCCACCAGACCGCCAUGGUAUUGAAAGAGUUGGCACAGAAGAAGGGACACCUCAAAUACUUUGAACCGGAGGAUUCUGCUGGUUUCCUGAAGGCUAAGAAAUCCAUCGCAAGCAGUCCCAACAAACAACUAAGCGAGCUGUUUGCGUCUGGAUUCGCCUGCCAUCACGCCGGCAUGCUAAGGAGCGAUCGGAAUAUGGUUGAAAAAUACUUCGGGGAAGGCUACAUAAAGGUGUUGGUAUGUACAUCGACCCUAGCAUGGGGAGUCAACUUGCCCGCACACGCCGUUAUUAUUAGAGGCACAGAAAUCUACGACCAGAGUCAUGGUACGUUCGUCGAUCUCAGUAUACUGGAUGUGCUACAAAUAUUCGGCAGAGCUGGUCGACCGCAGUUCGACUCGUCCGGCACGGGAGUCAUUAUUACAACGCACGACAAACUGUCGCACUAUCUCAAGACUAUGACCAACCAAUUCCCAAUUGAGAGCAACUUCAUCAAUCUGCUUGCGGAUAAUUUGAAUGCUGAGGUGGCGCUGGGCACAGUUACAAAUAUCGACGAGGCAGUGGAAUGGCUGAGUUACACCUAUCUCUUCGUUCGGAUGAGGAUCAAUCCACAGGUGUAUGGACUAACGUACAGUGACGUCCAAGAAGACCCCAUGUUGGAAGGGAAACGACGAGAGUUGAUAACGAGCGCCGCCAUGACACUUGAUAAGACGCAAAUGUUGCGGUACAACGAGCGUACUGGCGACCUCAACGUUACUGAUUUAGGAAGAACAGCGAGCCACUAUUACAUAACCUGCGAGACGAUGGAGGUAUUCAACUCUAUGGUACGCAAGUCAAUGACUCAAGGAUACGUCUUGGAAAUGCUUACGAGAUGCUCUGAUUUUCAACAACUGAAGAUCCGGAAGGAAGAAAUAACUGAAUUAUGGAAUCUAAAAGACCAAUACUGUGAGCUGCAUAUAGAGGACCCGCCGGAGGAUAUACACUGGAAGAUAAAUAUCUUGCUGCAGACUUAUCUGUCGAGAGGGAGGGUCAACGCUUCCUCAUUACAGUCAGACUUGAAUUAUAUUAGUCAGAAUGCAGUUCGUAUAGUGCGUGCCUUAUUCGAGAUAACCUUGCGUAAGAACAACGCAUACAUGGCGGGCCUGUACCUCAAGAUGGCGAAGAUGAUGGAACUGCAGCUGUGGGACUUCUACAGUGACAUGCGACAGUUCAACUGUUUCCCCAACGACAUACUGAAGCACCUAGAGUAUCCUAUGCUAAAGCCUGACCAGAUAAGAGACAUGGAUUGGAGGGAAGUUGGUGACUUAGUACGCAAUCCGAAGGCGGCCCACCACGUCAAGAAAUGUGCGGAUGAAUUCCCCUUGCUCGACAUGGAGGCAUCUCUACACCCCAUCACUAGGACUGUGCUUCGAAUACGACUGACUAUUGUACCUAAUUUCAAAUGGAAUGACAAGUUCCACGGGAAGGCACCCGAAGCGUUCUGGAUAUGGGUGGAGGACCCCGAGAGCGAUAUUAUGUACUAUCACGAGUAUUUCCUCAUUACUAAGAAACAAGUUAUAACGCGGGAGCCACAAGAGCUGGUGAUAACAAUACCCAUAUGUGAACCACUACCACCACAGUACUAUAUACGAGCGACUUCCGAAAGAUGGCUUGGAUCGGAAAGUGUGUUGCCGCUUACAUUCCAACAUUUAAUACUACCGGAGACUCAUCCCCCUCACACAGAUCUAUUAGAACUGCAGCCGCUACCGGUGACAGCCCUAAAUAAAACGUCGUUCGAAAUGCUAUACAACUUCACUCAUUUCAACCCGAUACAGACGCAAAUAUUCCAUUGUCUCUACCACACCGACCAUAAUGUGCUGUUGGGCGCACCCACCGGCUCUGGCAAGACUAUUGUAGCUGAGGUUGCCAUGUUCAGGGUUUUCAAUACAUAUCCGAAAUGCAAGGUCGUCUACAUUGCACCUCUUAAAGCUCUGGUCAAAGAGAGGAUUAAAGACUGGAAGGUCAGACUAGAAGAGCGUCUGGGUAUGAGCGUGGUUGAACUGACAGGGGACGUAUCUCCCGACAUAAGGGCAAUCAAACGUGCGAAAGUGAUUGUGACGACCCCGGAGAAAUGGGACGGAAUCAGUCGGUCUUGGCAGACCCGGAACUACGUCCAGGAUGUGGCGUUGAUCGUCAUUGACGAGAUACAUCUGUUAGGGGAGGACAGGGGCCCCGUAUUAGAAGUCAUUGUGUCUAGAACGAACUUCAUCGGAUCUCAUACUUCGCGACGAUUGCGAAUUAUCGGCUUGUCUACUGCACUCGCGAAUGCCAAGGACUUGGCGAACUGGCUAAACAUCGGGGAAAUAGGACUUUAUAACUUUAGACCUUCGGUGCGGCCGGUGCCUUUGGAGGUGCACAUAUCGGGACACCCCGGGAGACACUAUUGUCCUCGCAUGAUGUCCAUGAACAAGCCCACCUUCCAAGCGAUACGCACGCAUUCGCCGGCGGCGCCCGCACUCGUCUUCGUGUCCAGUAGGAGACAGACAAGACUAACAGCGCUAGACCUCAUAGCUUAUUUAGCAGCAGAAGAAAACCCGAAGCAAUGGCUGCAUAUGAAAGAAUCUGAAAUGGAACAGAUAUUGUCGAACAUUCGCGAGUCGAACCUCAAGUUGACGCUCGCUUUCGGCAUCGGGAUCCACCACGCCGGUUUGCACGAGAAAGAUCGUACGACUGUCGAAGAGCUGUUUAUAAAUCAGAAAAUACAAGUCUUGAUAUGCACAGCUACCCUGGCGUGGGGAGUGAACUUCCCCGCUCAUUUGGUCGUCAUCAAAGGCACCGAGUACUUCGAUGGAAAACAGAAGAGAUACGUCGACAUGCCCAUCACAGACGUGUUGCAGAUGAUGGGCAGAGCUGGUAGACCACAGUAUGACAACGAAGGUGUGGCUGUAGUUUUGGUUCACGAUCAGAAGAAGAAUUUCUACAAGAAAUUCCUUUACGAGCCGUUCCCUGUUGAGUCGAGCUUGUUACAAGUGUUGGCCGACCAUCUCAACGCCGAGAUUGUGGCUGGCACUGUCCGCUCCAAACAAGAUAUACUGGACUAUUUAACGUGGACUUACUUCUUCCGGAGACUGAUGCGGAACCCUUCCUACUAUAAUUUGGAAAGCUUAGAGCCACAAGAUGUCAACUACUACCUGUCUAACUUGGUUCAGACGUCUGUGGAAGCGCUCUUUGACGCGGGGUGUGUUGAGAUACAGGAGGACGAACGCACAAUUGAGACUACGUGGAAAGGUCGUAUUGCAUCCUACUACUAUCUGUCGCAUAAGACAAUGACGCACUUCACUCGAAACUUGCAUCGAGAUCUAGACAUAGACGCAUUGCUGCGUGUGCUGUCUGAUUGUGAGGAGUACGCCACCCUGCCUGUCAGACACAACGAGGACGUUCUUAACGGAGAACUAUCCCAAUCAUGCCGACUCCCUGUGGAUUCAUUAUCUCUGGACUCAUCCCAUGUGAAAACAUUCCUGUUGCUGCAAGCGCAUUUGACACGACUGCCACUGCCAAACACCGACUACCUUACCGACACCAAAUCUGUACUGGAUCAGACUGUCAGGAUCAUUCAGGCAAUGAUAGACACGUCGGCGGAACACGGCUGGCUGUCUGUGUGUCUGUCCUGUCAGAUGUUGAUGCAGAGUAUCGUGCAAGCGCGCUGGCCCGCCGACUCACCCUUGACCACUCUGCCGCACAUCGAGCCGCAGCAUCUGUACAUGUUCACCCAGAUGACUAGGGACACGAACAAGCCGUGUACUGUGCUCAACGGUCUGAAGGUGUCCAUGAGGAGCUACGAGGGACUGGCGAGGUAUCUUCGGCGGGAGUUUGAUGAAAACCAAAUUGAGCAGAUAUAUAAGGCAAUUAACGACCUACCUACGCUAGACAUAAAGUUGUUUGUCCGUGGGUUAUGGUUCGACAGCGACGGAGAACAACAAAAGCCCGUGCGCCAGCCAAUGACCAGAGACCAGUGGAUACCCCUACAUGCUGAUCAGGAGUACACGCUAGUGUUGGAGAUGCACCGUCGCGGAGGUAACCCGAACUCCGUCAUGUGUCCCAGAUUCCCGCGCGCCAAGAACGAGGGAUACUUCGUCACACUCGGCACCGUGGAGUACGGGGAACUACACGCGCUCAAACGAACGCCGCCGAGAGGCACCGCGCAGAUUACCUUCUAUACGCCUUCUAACACAGGUCGUAUCAUCUACACCAUAUACAUAAUGAGCGACAGCUACCUGGGACUCGAUCAACAAUACGAUCUUCAUUUUGAAAUUAUUGACGCCAUACCACCAGAAACUGUAGAACGAGCGUAUGAACCAGAUAAAUUGUUGUUGGAAUAAAUUGUAUAAUAAAUUAUAUAUUGUUUAUACUGUU